AUGGGUGUCUGUUGGUGUAAAGACAAAAUAUCCGAUGAAGAGCCGCCGUACGCUACGUCGUCGGCGGGCUCCGGCAUUGGCUCUGUGGGCACUGAGCUGCGACCCCGAAUCCCAGAAGUGGUGGAUACAUUCAUCGUCGACAGGCUAGUCCUAGAGAUGCUCACACUGAUAGCCUCAUUUGUUGACAAUGAUGAAGAAUCUCCCGUAUCUCUGGUUAAAUUACACGUGAUCGCCGACAAAGAAGAUGGAUGGAUCCAGGUGGUUUCUUCUAUGGUUAACGUGAUCCCCCUGGAAGACCCAUUCGGCCCUUCUGCUAUCACCAUACUGUUCGACGAUUGUCCAUUACCGUCCAAAGAAUCCGUCAUUAGGGUGACUGAAUUAUUCGAGUUGUCGUCGCAGCGUGCGAAUACUGGUGAUUUGAAUGUAAGAGUGGAGCGGAACAUUUGCGUAGUGCUCGGCUGCAUUGCUGAGAAACUUGCCGGACCAAACAGUGUCGCAGUACUCACUGACAAAACACUCGAUUAUCUGCUCACAUUCUUGAUAACUCGUCGCGAAGCAUGUAUAGUGUUAUUUGCAUUGAUAGCUCUGGAGAAGUUUGCGCACACUACAGAGAAUAAGUUAACAAUCAAAAGUCGACUUGAACAGGAGCAGGUCAAUCCGCUACUUAUAUUAGAGGAGCUUGCUGAUAGCGAUGACUAUAUGUGGCGCCAGGUCGGCUUCUGUGCCAAAUGGACACUGGAUAACCUGUUUAUCGUCGAAGGCAGAGAACUGUCAUACGAAAAAGUUGAUAUGAGUGAGAUCAAUGUAAUUCUGAACUCCCAUGAUGUCAGCGAAUAUCUGAAGAUAUCGUGUAACGGUCUCGAGGCGCGCUGCGAUUCGUAUUCGUUCGAGAGCGUACGUUGUACGUUUCAAGUGGACGACGGGUGCUGGUACUAUGAAUCUGUCAUUAUCACGCCGGGCGUCAUGCAAAUCGGAUGGGCUACAAAAAAUAGUCAUUUCUUAAAUCAUGAAGGCUACGGUAUAGGCGACGAUUUAUACUCUCUCUCGUAUGACGGUUGCCGUAAGUUAGUAUGGCACAAAGCGCGGGCAUCCGCCGUGACCGAGGUGGCAGCGUGGCGGCCGGGCGACGUGCUCGGCUGCCUUAUAGACUUCCCCUCUAGAGAAGUCAUAUUCUCACUCAACGGCAAACGUCUACAAACUUGUCACGAGAUCUUCGAGACAACAAGAUGCGGAUUCUUCGCGGCUGCUAGUUUCAUGGCGUUUCAACAGUGCUUGUUCAAUUUUGGUAGCGAACCUUUCAAGUAUCCACCAGUAGACCGGCCCUUCUCUAUAUUCAACGAACAUGGGCACCUGACUGAUGAAGAAAAAAAGGUGGUGCCCAGGCGAGUAUAUUUGGAACAGCUUAGAUGUUCGAGUGUGAAGGAAGACUCUUGCACGCUCUGUUUCGAUGACACAGCAUGUUGUGUACUGGAGCCUUGCGGUCAUAGAGGAUUCUGCUCGGUGUGCACAUCUCAACUGAAAGAAUGCCCUAUGUGCCGCGCCGGUAUAUUGAACGUACGUCGUGAGGUCACAUGA